CAGGUGGAGCUGGAGACCCGGUCUCUCUAGGGCCUACCCUGGGCUGAACAUCUGAAGGAGAGUGUUCAUCCUUCGGGACUCCUUCUCCGGACAUGCUUCCUGAGGCCGGCUCCCUGUGGCUACUGAAGCUGCUCCGGGACAUCCAGCUGGCCCAGUUUUACUGGCCCAUCCUUGAGGAGCUUAAUGUCACUCGGCCAGAGCACUUCGACUUUGUAAAGCCUGAGGACCUGGACGGCAUUGGCAUGGGCCGGCCUGCCCAGCGCAGACUGUCCGAAGCUCUGAAAAGGCUACGUUCCGGGCCUAAGUCUAAGAACUGGGUCUACAAGAUCCUUGGAGGUUUAGCCCCUGAGCACAAGGAGCCCACCCUGCCCUCGGACAGCCCAACGCACCUCCCUGAGCCAGAGGGGGGCCUAAAGUGUCUGAUCCCAGAGGGUGCUGUUUGCAGAGGGGAGCUGCUGGGUUCGGGCUGCUUCGGUGUGGUGCACCGAGGGCUGUGGACGCUGCCCAAUGGCAAGAGUGUCCCAGUGGCUGUCAAGUCCCUCCGGGUAGGUCCCGAAGGCCCGAUGGGCACAGAACUGGGGGACUUCCUGCGAGAGGUAUCGGUCAUGAUGAACUUGGAGCACCCACACGUGCUGCGUCUGCACGGCCUUGUACUGGGCCAGCCUCUGCAGAUGGUGAUGGAGCUGGCGCCACUGGGCUCCCUGCACGCGCGCUUAACGGCCUCGGCCCCGACACCCCCGCUGCCCGUGUCCCUGCUCUGCCUCUUCCUGCGGCAAUUGGCGGGAGCCAUGGUGUACCUGGGGGCCCGUGGGCUGGUGCACCGAGACCUCGCUACGCGCAACCUGCUGCUGGCGUCGCCGCGCACCAUCAAGGUGGCUGACUUCGGGCUGGUGCGGCCUCUGGGCGGCACCCGGGGCCGCUACGUCAUGGGCGGGCCCCGCCCCAUCCCCUACGCAUGGUGUGCUCCAGAGAGCCUGCGCCACGGAGCCUUCUCUUCUGCCUCGGACGUGUGGAUGUUUGGGGUGACGUUGUGGGAGAUGUUCUCCGGGGGCGAGGAACCCUGGGCCGGGGUCCCACCGUACCUCAUCCUGCAGCGGCUGGAGGACAGAGCCAGGCUGCCUAGGCCUCCCGUCUGCUCCAGGGCCCUCUACUCCCUCGCCUUGCGCUGCUGGGCCCCCCACCCUGCUGACCGGCCUAGCUUUUCCCACCUGGAGGGGCUGCUGCAAGAGGCCUGGCCUUCGGAAGGAUGCUGUGUGAGGGAUGUCACAGAGCCAGGCGCCCUGAGGAUGGAGACUGGUGACCCCAUCACAGUCAUCGAGGGCAGCCCCGACUCCACAAUCUGGAAGGGCCAGAAUGGUCGCACCUUCAAAGUGGGCAGCUUCCCAGCCUCAGCGGUGACGCUGGCAGAUGCGGGGGGCUUGCCAGUCACCCGUCCAGUUCACAGAGGCACCCCUGCCCGGGGAGAUCAACACCCAGGAAGCAUAGAUGGAGACAGAAAGAAGGCAAAUCUUUGGGAUGUGCCCCCAGCACGGGGCCAGAGGAGAAACGUGCCCCUGGAGAGGAUGAAAGGCAUUUCCAGGAGUCUGGAGUCAGUUCUGUCCCUGGGUCCUCGCCCCACAGGGGGUGGUUCAAGCCCCCCUGAAAUUCGACAAGCCAGAGCUGUGCCCCAAGGACCCCCUGGCCUGCCUCCACGCCCACCUUUAUCCUCUAGCUCUCCUCAGCCCAGCCAGCCCCCGAGGGAGAGGCUUCCCUGGCCCAAAAAAAAACCCCCACACAAUCUCCCCAUGGGAGCGCCUGGAGCCGGUAAAGCCGCCGCCCUCUCUGGAGGCCUCUUGCCUGAUCCUGAGUUGCGGAGGAAGAUUAUGGAGGUGGAGCUGAGUGUGCAUGGGGUCACCCACCAGGAGUGCCAGACAGCACUAGGAGCCACUGGCGGAGAUGUGGUUUCUGCCAUCCGGAACCUCAAGGUAGACCAGCUCUUCCACCUGAGUAGCCGGUCCAGAGCUGACUGCCGGCGCAUCCUGGAGCAUUACCAGUGGGACCUCUCAGCUGCCAGCCGCUACUGUCCUAGCCAGGCCCUGAGCUCAGCUUCUGCGGGCACGGACACCAGCAUGAAAAGCCUAGGCCCCUGAGGGCCUGGCCACGUGGGACUAAACAGAACCAGAACAAGGUCCUGACGGGGGUAGACUUUCCACCUGGGGAGAUCCUACCUGCUAUAGGCACGUGGAGGAGGAGCCCAGGGUUGGGCACUGGCAAAUGUCUCCUCCCUCCUAUGCUCCUUGGCUUCUGAAGGCUGAAGCUCCUUUGGCUCGGCCAAGAAGGAUCUAGUCUGCCCACUACAUUCUCAAACAAGAGGACUUGGAGGAAAAGAGCUGCUGUACAUCAUAUCCAGAGGAAGCUUCUACUCACUAGAGGAUCAAGGGGUCACACUGGACCAUGCGAACAGCCAUCCUGAACUGCCGUCAGCUACCACACUGGACUCUGUGGGGCAGCCAUCCUGGAUGAUGGAAGCCGCCAUAUUGACUUGGGGUAUAGGCCCAAACUGCCUUCAUUUGGUCCAGGGCCAUCGUGGGUGAUGACGAUUACUCUCUUGAACUCAAGGACAUUUGAUGCUGGUAGUAUGGAUUAUGAGAUGGGCUAGCCCCUGCCCCAGCCCAGCUCUCACAUUCCCCUUUGUUUUUUCCCAUAUCAACUCCUUCUACCCUCCCCUAUUACAUGCAUCUUUCAAUGUCCAAAAAGUUACAAAGUUUAUAUGAAUGUAA